AUGAGAAACUUACGUGGACAAUGUCCGCAAUCUCCCUUCUCUCCGUUGUCUCCUGCUGGUCCAGCUGGUCCAUUUGGUCCUGGACGACCCUCGUGUCCUGGAGUUCCUGAAUCUCCUGGUGGUCCUGGUGGUCCUUGGUAUGAUUGUCCGUCUGGUCCUGGAUUUCCUUUCGGUCCUGGUGGUCCGAUUGGUCCGGCCUUUCCUGGUGGUCCUUGUGGUCCUGGCACCGGAAUGAGGCGUCCAGCGGCUCCUGGCGCUCCCUUCAUUCCGUCGCGUCCUGGUCUUCCAAUUGGUCCUGGUUGUCCAGCCAUUCCGUCGUCUCCAGACUUUCCGUCUUGUGGUGGCUCUCCUGGAGAUCCCUUUGGUCCUGGUGGUCCCUUUGGUCCCAUGGCUCCCAUUGGUCCUGGUGCUCCAACUGGGCAAAUGAUGCAUGGCUCGGAGGCUGGUGCAGGAAGAACCUCGGCGUCUCUUCCGUUCUUUCCAUCAUUUCCGUUUCUUCCGUCCUUUCCGUCAUUUCCUGGUGGUCCUUCUGGUCCUGGUGGUCCAGCGGCUCCCUGGUUGCAAGUACAGCAAACAGCAGCUGGUUCAGCGUUCACAGCGGCUCCGUAA